GCGUGACCGGCUUUACUCAGGUGGUGAAACCCUGGGGGCUGCCCGGUUCCCGGUCAUCCCCAUCUCCAAGGGCCCCCCACGCCCCCCAACGGCCUGAGGACGUCGGGAAGCAGGAGGUUGUGUGACAGUUGCACCAGCAGGAUUGUGAUCCCUCCAGGGAAAGGGGGAGUGACCCCCCCAUGUCCCCCCCUCCCUCCCAGACACCCGGGGGAGCGAUGGCGGGCUGCAGUCACUCCUUGCUCCUGGCCGUGGCCCUGCAGUCCCUGUUACAGCCGGCCCUGGGCCAAACCACGAACAGGAGCACCGUGACACCCACAUCCGUAUCGGGGCUCACGGAGUCGGAGCGGCUGGCGGCCAUCAUUGUCCCCUCCCUAGUCGGGGGUCUCCUGCUUAUUGGACUUGUGAUCUUUGGGGCGCUCAAGGUGCGGGAGAGGCGGCAGACGGAGGGCACCUACCGGCCCAGCAACGAGGAGCAGGUGGGUGCUCGGGUGGUGACGAACGCUAACCUCCAACUGCCCCCCGAGGAGCGGCUGAUCUGACCCGGGGGGAGGGGAGGGGGUCACACACACCCCCUCCCCAGACUGGCAGACUCUGUACUGGCUGGACCUUGUGGUUGCACAUCUGGGGGGGGGGCGGCUCCUUGCUCUCCGCUGGCUGGAAGGAGCCGAGGUCUUCGUCGCUGGAUGCAUCGGAUUUCCACCUGCGCUCUCCUCCUGCGGGGGUGGAGGGGUGCUGCCCAGUGAAACACCUGGCCAUGCUGGUGCUGCGCGACAUCGCCCCCUGGUGGCAGAAGCGGCGGGAACCUCUGCUGCUGCGCUGGGAUAUUGGCAGAACGCUCACACCUUGCGCGUGUUUCCACCUGGCUGAACGCUUUAUCCCCUCCACCCCCGUCUGCGUCUCACACGUGUCCUGUAAUCUCCCCUACCUCGGUCUGCAUCUGUCUGGCCUGGGGCCGGCUGCAGGGGGGUCACCAAGCCGGCCCCAGCUCGCAUUGCAGGCUGCAGAUGGGGAGUGACUCUGCAUUGGCACCUGGGCUGGUGAAAGCGAGGCUGGCGCGGCAGCGAAGGAAGGGGAAGCUAGAAACUCCUGCCUGAGCCGCCAGGGAAGGGUUUGGCUUUAAAAAAAAAAAAAAAAAAAUCGCUGAAGGGAAACAGCCGUGUUUAAAAAACUGACCCCCCGGGUUAGUUAAUACACAUCAGCCCUCCUGUAGCCUGAGGUGCAGACGGAAGGUAGCGGUAGAGAGGUUUAAGUCCCUUCACUGUUGUGCCUCAGUUUCCCCAUCUAUCACUCCCCCUCUUCCUGGUGCUCUCCCGGCUACAAAACCAGCAGCCUUCUUGGGUGCAUGUGGAAGGUGCCACAUCGCUCUCUAGCGGCUGGUGAAUGCAGAGGAUAAUAGCCUCCUGCGGCUGUCAGCGGAUGGAGCCGCUCCUUGGGCUGGGCUGGGGUUACUGGACUCAAACCGGGGGCUGCUGAUGGGGUCAUUUCUCAUGGUGGGGGGAGGGGUGAAAUACACUAAUAACUCAGAAAGCAACUGGGUGGCCUUUUUUGCUGUCCUGUCUAUGGGGAAUGUAACCAAACUGCACCCAACUUAACGAGCCAAAUCUUUGUCCUCCGGCAGGGCCGUGGUUCAUCCUCCCCUUAACCCAAAACUUGCUGGAAUCUUCUCCCAUGUGCGGCAUCCCCCCUGGUGGCCUUUCCCCCAAGCCGCAGUGUCCCACAGCACAACCCUGCCCCAUUGCUGCUCCCCCGGCCGGCACCAGGGCUAAGGUUAUUUCCCUGCAUGGGGCAGCCUGGGGUAAAGCAACCAGGGGGCCCCCCCAUCGGCAAGGCUGGAGUAGCAGCAGCCAUCCCCCUGCCUCAGGCUUCCAGACCCAGCUGCAGGAGAAGCAGCUUGUGGGCCGAUUUCCUCGCCCCAUUAGCCACUCGUACCAGCCGCGGUUCCUAGAGCCUAGGGCUUGGUUUGUGAAUCUUUAACUUGAAGGGCUUUUCUCCCACCCGUGCCUUGGCCAUUUGAGUUACGGGGAACACACACAGGUUUUAAACAGGCCGGCCCAUGGUGCUGGCUCUGCCUUUAUGCCACCCGUGGGUUGUUGCUCUGACCAUCUCAGCCUCUGUUGACUCUAACUUGGAUACAGUGGCAGUGAGUUCCCCAGGCUCCCAAGGGAGGAAGAUGCAGGGGGAGCUGUUUGCCCAGCGGGCCAUCCAGCAUCAGGGGUUGCUAGGACCCCAGUUCCCCAGCCGGCUGCUUGGGUCAUCUUUACAGCCCCUGCUUCCUCACUGUAGGCUGUGUCUUGGCUCUGCCCCCGUGCCUGCCGCCGGCGCCUCCGGGGCAUGCCAACCUUGCUCAGUGUCUGGCUGAAAGCUUCCCCUGCUGGGCCAGCCCUCACCUGGUGCUGCGUGUUCUCCGCCUCAGUCACCUCUUCUCUCCUUUCAGUCCUCCCGGGAAGACCCAAAAUUAACGGAGCUGUGAGAGCCGGGAGCAAACGUCCCCAGACUUUGGCCCUUGCCCUUUGAAACUGCCGGAGUUGGGAUCUCCCGGCCCCAUGCCUGCCCACUGGUCAGUUUCGCACCCUCUCCCCCCGCCACGGGGGUCACUCUACCCAGUUUUGCAUGGGCCAGUGGCUGCCCCUUACAACCUCCCUGUUCACCCAGCCGCAGGGGGGCUGGUCGCUGCCUGGGCUCCCGGGGCCCUGUGAUGAUACAAAUAAGUGCAACAGGGCUGGGGCCCUGACAUGGGACUAGCUGUUCACAACUCAGGGUGGGCCCCUGGCUACAGCUCUUUCCCCACCGCCAGCCUUCUAGCCCUCAAAUCUCUUCUUCAGCUGUGACGGUUGAAGCAGAGCUGGGAGCCAUGUAGGAUUUAGGCUGCCAUGGGAAUCAAGGAGAGUUAGGCACCUCCAGCCCUUUGAGGAGCUGGGCCUCUGACCCAGGGGGUUUAGGUGCCCCUGUUGCUAAUCUUCCCCCUUUUCUGCACCCAAAUAUGCAGCAAUGUAGUUGAAGCUGUCCCCCGACGCUCACCUAGAAAGGGAGGCUGGUCCUGGCAGGAAGGCCCUGCCUCAGACCCGCUGGGUGACCGUGGAUAAGUCAUGUCACCUCUCGUGCCUCAGUUUCCCUAGCUGGAGUAAGCCGGUCCUACAGAGCCAGCGAGGAGCAGGAGGCAGGGUUACCUGCCCCUCUGGGUGCUGGCAUGGCAGCUUUUUAAGCUGGGUUCAUACAGUGUUGUGUUUUCCCUCCUCUGUGCAAAUGUAACUUUUAUUUUUUUGUAAAAUAAACUAAUUUUGGGAUCAA